AUGACAAUGGAGGCUGAUGAGAACCUGGAGGGUUUACUGGGCAGGCUGCGCACUCAGGUGAUGCGUUGCGGAUAUACGACAGCGGAAAUCGACCAGCAGCUGCGAGACCGCUGCGUUCUGGGCAGCAGUGGCGAGCUGCAGCGGAGGCUGGUCCGGGAGGCAGCUCUGAAGGGAACCGACCUGACCCUUCAGGACAUCAGGAAGACGGCUCGCGCGCAUCAGGACGUGCUGGAUUUGACGGCUCAGCUGGGGGGAGUGCCAGCGCCGGCAGCGAUGGCCGCGGACACAGUUCAGGCGCUGCGGCUGUCGCAGCGACCGGAGACCGGCCGGCCGGCUGGGCACCCAGGCGCCUGUUUCCGGUGCGGGUCGACCGGACAUUGGCAGCGCGACUGUCCAGCGGCCGGAGCCGCGCCGCGUGCACGCGACAGCCACCGUGCGCGCGACAGCCACCGUCCAGCUGGCCAAGCGGUCAGCGGCGGGCGCGUGGGAACGACCGGCGCACGAGGUCAGGCUGGCGCGCCGGACAGGACGAGCAGUGACGGCCCGGUCAGGCAGCGGCGGUGCUUUAAGUGUGGCUCCACCGGGCACCUGAAGGCGGCAUGUCCGCAGCGGCGGGUGCGGCUGGUGGCUGCGGAGGAGGAGCAGACGGACGGCGACGGCGACGCGUGGCUGGUGAACACAGUCGAAGCCAGCGCCGCGGAGCCGGAAAUGAAGACGGUGACGGUGAACGGCCAGCAGCUGGCCAUGGUCGUGGACACGGGGAGCCCGGUGUCGCUGGUGAGCGCGGAGACAGCGCGGCAGCUGGGACUUCUGCAGCUGCUGGACCCAUGUGACCUGCGCCUGACCUCGUUCACAGGUCAGGUCAUUCCCUUGAGAGGGGAGGCGCUGGUUAGUGUCACGGUGUCGGACAGAUCCGCGACCCGUCUGCGGCUGGUGGUGACCGGUUUUGGACCCCACCGCCCGCUGAUGGGACGCGAGUGGCUGCAGGCGCUUGAUCUAAUGACGUCACCGGCUCGGGUAUGCCGCGUGCAGCCGGCGCGGACGCUCGAAGGCGUGCUGGAGAGGCACUCGGCGGUCUUCAACGAGGAGCUGGGACGCAUCCCGAUCAAGGUGGGACUGCGGCUGAAGUCAGACGCCAAGCCGGUGUACCGACGGGCGCGUCCGGUGCCGUUCGCCCUGCAGGAGGCGGUGGACCGCGAACUGGACCGGUGGGAGGAGCAGGGCGUGGCAGAGAAGGUGCCACCAGGGAGCGGCUGGGGGACACCGCUGGUGGUCAUCCCGACGCAGAAUGGCGUCCGCAUCUGCGCAGACUACAGGCUGACUGUCAACCCUCAGCUGGAGCAGACCAAGUACCCGAUGCGGACGGCCGAUGAGCUGUUCUCCGGCGUCCGGGGGAAACGGUUUGCAAAGCUGGACUGCAGGAGCGCCUAUCUGCAGGUGGAAUUGGACGAGAACAGCAAGAAUGCGACCACGGUGACGACACACAGAGGUGAUUACAGGAUGAACAGACUGCCGUAUGGCAUCUCUGUCUGUGGGGCACUGUACCAGUCCGUGAUGGAUCAGAUCACGGCGGGACUGCCCGGCACUGUCAGCUACAUGGACGAUGUGCUGGUGUGGGCUGACACGGAGGAGGAGCUGCUGGAACGGCUGGACGCGACCCUGACUAGGAUGGAGGAGAACGGCAUCCGCCUGAGGCGAGAGAAGUGCAGCUUCAAUGUGCCGGAGGUGACCUACCUCGGGUGGCGUCUGUCGGCGGACGCGCUCCGUCCGCUGGCAGGGAAGACGGAGUCGAUCCUGCAGGCGCCAGACCCGGUGAACCAGCAGGCGCUGAAGUCGCUGAUCGGCACGGUGAGCUACUAUCAGCGGAUCCUGCCGGGACUGGCUACCGUACUGACACCUCUGUAUGCGCUGCUAAAGAAAGGAGUGAAGUGGCAGUGGACGGAGCAGUGCGCGGCGGCAGUGAAGAAGGUGAAGACAAUGCUGUCAUCAGCCCCAGUGCUGGUGCGGUUCGAUCCUGACCGACCGGUGCGGCUGGUGACGGACGCCAGUGAGACGGGACUCGGCGCGGUACUGAUGCAGGUGACGGCUGAUGGAAUGGAGAAGCCGGUACAGUACGCGUCUCGUACUCUAACGCAGACUGAGCGGAAGUACGCGCAGGUAGAGAAGGAAGCUGCGGCCGUGUCAUUCGGAAUACGGCGCUUCCACCAGUACCUGAUGGGCAGGCGGUUCACCCUGGUAGUGGACAACCGCACGCUGUCGCGGAUCGUCAGCCCGGACAGGGAUCUGCCCACCCUCGCGGCAGCUCGUAUGCAGCGGUACGCGCUUCAACUGGCGGCGUAUCAGUAUGACGUGGAGCUGCGGCGCUCCGGAAACAUGAGAGCGGCGGACACGCUGUCCCGUCUGCCGGUGAGCAGUCCGGCGGAGGAGCGGGAGGCGGCGGAGGAAGAGGCUGAGUACGGCGGAGGAGGCGUCAUGUUCGUCGUGCAGGAGCAGGGACCAUGCCUCUCGGCCAGGGCUAUCGCAGCGGCCACGCGCACGGAUCCGGUGCUGGGUCGCGUACUGGCUGCGGUGCGGUCCGGCUGGCCGGGGAUGAUGGACGCCGAGCUGACGCCGUACAAGCAUCGAGCGGACGAGCUGUCGACGGACGCAGACUGCGUGCUCUGGGGCGGCCGUGUGGUGGUGCCGAGGGCUUUGCAAGAUCGUGUGAAGCAGCAGCUACACGAGGGACACAGCGGCUGCACGAAGAUGAAGCAACUUGCUCGUCGGUUUGUCUGGUGGCCGGGGCUGGACGCUGAACUGGAGGCGCUCGCUCGGGGCUGUCCAGCCUGCGAGUCGAAGCGAGCGGCGCCGCCGCACGCGGAGCGGCACCCCUGGGAACCCGCUCAGGGACCCUGGCAGCGGGUGCAUGCCGAUUUUGCCGGACCUCUGAAGGGCACCUGGUUCCUGGUGAUGGUGGAUAGUUUCUCCAAGUGGGCUGAAAUGAUCCCAAUGAAGACGACCACGUCCGAGCGGACCGUAGCGGUGAUGAGGACGGUUUUUGCUCGUCUCGGACUACCGCUGGUGCUGGUAACGGACAAUGGCCCACAGUUCACGAGCCAGGAAUUCGCCCAGUUCGCCAGCUCUAACGGGAUCCGACAUGUCAGAGUGGCGCCCCAUCACCCAUCGUCUAAUGGGAUGGCGGAGCGAGCGGUCGGCUCGCUAAAAAACUCACUGAAGGCGACUCUGGCAGCAGACGACAGCGGAGGCAUGGAACUGGCGCUCGCCCGAGUUCUGAUGGCGUACAGGGCCACACCGCAUGCCAGCACGGGACGGACCCCAGCGGAGGUGCUGUUGGGCCGCAACAUCCGCACGCGGCUGAAUCUGCUCGUUCCGACCGCCGAGGACGCGCUGCGGGACAGCGCGGAGCGACAGCAGACGGCAGCCGGCGGACGCGCCAGAGCGUUUGCGGUCGGCGCCGACGUCUGGGUUCGCUGCUACUCCGGGCCACAGAAGUGGGUGCGCGGUCGGAUCGUCACACGCACUGGGCCCGUUUCCUACGAAGUCGACGUCGGUAGAGGCGGGUCGUGGUCACGGCACUGUGAUCAGCUGUUGUCGGCCGCCGCUGACAGCACGGCGCCUGCCGAGGACCGCGGCAGAGCGGACGCGGCAGCACUCGCGUCCGAUCGCUACUGGCCGCCCUCCGUCGGUCGAGACGGAGGGGAGGGCAGCGGCGUCAGCAGCAGCGGCGCGAUCAGCCGGAGCAACGGUGCUUCUCAGCCGGAGCGGGCUCGCGUGAUCGGCGCUGGAGCGGAGCGGCCUUCCGGCACAGCAGCCGAAAGGCCGGCGGGAGCCGCAGCGUCGGACUCACCUGAGGCCAGAGCUGCAGCGGGCACGGACGGCGCCGCAGCCGGGAGGUCAGCCGGCGCCGGGGCGGCACACUGGACCGGUGCCGCGCCCGCAGCGGACAGCGCCGGUGGGUCCCGGGACGGAACGGCGGCAGAGGAGCCCAGCCGCGGACCGACCCGAGAUGGGACGACAGCAGAGCGCGCGGCGCUGAACGAGUCGGCCGCGGCGCGGCCUGGAGUGACGGCGGGACCAGCGGGUCGAGCGGAUCGCCACGCUGAGUUAACUGUGCCGCGUCACUCGACGCGCCGAGCGGCUCCUCCGAGGCGCUACAUUGAAGAACUAUAG